AUGGACAAGAGUUGGAUAGAUUUAAAUGACAGGUCAUCUGACCAAUUUAACUAUGGGCUUGAACAUUUUUUGGAGUUUGCAUUUGAUAACAACAAGGGUCAUACAAGGAUUUAUUGUCCUUGCAAAAAAUGUUACAAUCGGUACUUUGUUACAAGGGAAGUAGCAAAAGCUCAUAUAAUAGUUGAUGGGUUUAUGCCAAAUUAUAGAAAUUGGAUUCAUCAUGGAGAAACAAACCAACCAUUAUAUUCAGAACAAGGUAUUGGGAAUAACACUCCAUCAGCUUUUGUUGAUGAUAUGUUUGGAAUGGUACAAGAGGCAUUUGGCCAUUCAAAUGUGGAUCCUAAUAUGGAGAAUGAUCAGUCAACAGAAAAUGAACACAGUGAGGGGCCAAAUGAUGAAACUAGAAAGUACUUCAAAUUGCUACAAGAUGCAGAAUGUCCUUUGUAUUCGGGGUGUGAAAAGUUUACUAAAUUGUCAUUCAUUGUUCGGCUAUUACACAUAAAGGUACUUGGUGGAUGGACAGACAGUUCAAUGACAAUCUUGUUAAAUUUUCUGAAAGAAGUUUUUCCCAAUAUAGACGUACCAGACUCUUAUAAUGAUGCUCGAAAGAUUACGGAGGACCUGGGCUUCACAUACGAGACAUGGGAUGCAUGUCCUAAUCAUUGUAUGUUGUUUAAAAAUGAGGAUAAGGAGCUUGAAUCAUGUGGCAUCUGCCACACAUCCAGAUAUAAGAAAUUUGAAGGCCAAAUUAACAAUGGUGUGAGUGGGGAUAGAAAAAUACCUGCUCAACAAGUAAGAUAUUUUCCAUUGAAGCCAAGAUUGCAAAGACUUUUUAUGUCAUCCAAAACUGCUUCGCUUAUGAAAUGGCAUGCUGAGGAACGUAUUAAUGAUGGUGUGCUAAGGCACCCUGCUGAUACACCUGCAUGGAAAGCUUUUGAUGCUAAGUAUCCAGAUUUUGCUAGUGGAAUUCGUAAUGUCAGACUUGGUCUAGCAUCAGAUGGUUUCAGCCCAUUUAGAACAAUGUUCAAACCUCACAGUACAUGGCCUGUUAUUCUAAUGCCAUAUAAUUUGCCACCAUGGAUGUGCAUGAAGCAACCAUUCUAUAUCUUGUCUAUUCUGAUAGAUGGCCCGCAUGGACCUGGUAAUAAGAUUGAUGUAUAUUUACAACCACUGAUUGACGAGUUAAAGGAAUUAUGGCAAGAAGGUGUACUUACUUAUGAUGCCUCGAUGAAUCAAAUGUUUAAACUACAUGCUACAUUACUUUGGACUAUCAAUGACUUUCCGGCAUAUGGGAACUUAUCAGGGUGGAGCACUAGAGGUGAAAAAAGCAUGUCCUUGUUGCAAUACAAACACUCGGUCUCGUUGGUUAACUUACGGAAGAAAGUAUUGUUACACAGGUCACCGUCGAUUUUUACCUACAAGUCAUAA